AUGCACAACGUGCAUCUGGUAUCGAUUCCAGCUUUCGAGAACAAGUGCAAAUCGAUGAUGUAUGUUACGCUGGAGCAGGUACUGAACGCCGUACUGCCUAACUGGAGACACUACCUUAUUGGAGUGGCCACGGAAGGAGAUGCGCAAAUGCCAGCCAGAGUGCUGGACAUUGUUGCACGCCUGCAAACUGAAGCAGCGGCUCCUGUUGUCUACCGCUCUACCAGCAGUUGUCAUCAGCUAAACUGCAUUGUGACAAACUUUUAUUCGUCUCUGCAGGACGGCUGCUUCUUGUCAGGAUUGAAGAAACUAUCUCUCUACAUUCGCCAGCAGCCGGAGCUUCUAGCAUAA